AUGACUGACUACAAGCUAUCCUAUGAGUCCCAACUGGACGUCUAUCACCCCUCCUACCGCUACGAGACCCAUGAUCCGCGCGAUUGGAAAUCUGCCGCUCUGCGUGGCCCAGCACUUCCAGCUCUAGGAAAUGCGACUGCCGGUGCUGUUGGUGCAGCCAUCUCUAAUGUCGUCGUCUACCCUCUCAAUGUUAUCGUCGCCCGUCUACAGACCCAGAAGCACAAAGCCAGCAAACCGAGUGAGAAAGAAGACAAAAAUGAGAGCGAAGACGAGAAAGAAGAAGUAUAUACCAGUGUGGUAGAUGCUGCGCGCAAGAUAUACGCCCAGCAAGGCAUGUCUGGGUUCUACCCUGGUCUGGCGCAAGAUACCUGGAAAACCGUCGCGGACUCCUUCCUUUUCUUCCUUGCAUAUAGUGUUAUACGCCAGAGACGGAUAGUUGCGCGUUUCGGUGCGGAGCGAGCCCGCAAAAGUAAAAACAUUAUGCUUCCCAUACUUGACGAGCUGGCCGUUGGUAUCUUGGCUGGCUCGUUUGCUAAACUGUUUACCACACCGCUGUCGAAUAUCGUGGCGCGAAAGCAGACAUCCGCGACACAGAAGGGUGCAAAUUUGACAAACUUGACAACCAGUGACAUUGCUGCUCGGAUCCGUGCCGAGAAGGGAAUUUUGGGAUUCUGGUCUGGAUACUCGGCCACUUUGAUACUUACCCUGAAUCCAUCUCUCACAUUCUUCCUCAACGAAAUCCUGAAACGAACCCUUCUCCCACGCUCAAAGCGCGACAAACCUCCGCCAUUUUUGACUUUCCUCUUGGCGGCAUUAAGCAAAGUUGCAGCAUCGUCAAUCACCUAUCCCUUCUCGCUCGCAAAGACUCGAGCACAAGUAAUGAGUUCGGACCCCAAAUCUGGAACCCAAGAGAAUAAACCCAAAAACUCCCUGCUCGCUUCUCUCACGCCCGAAAUCCUCUCCACAGUUGCUACAAUAGCCCGUACAGACGGUGUACCUGGGCUCUACGCCGGACUCCAAGGCGAGGUGCUUAAAGGCUUUUUCUCACAUGGCUUCACAAUGCUUGCAAAGGACGCCGUAUACGCAUCUAUAGUCAAGGGCUACUACCUCAUACUAAUGCUGGGACACCGGUAUCCCUCACCCGAGGAGCUCCUCCAGCGUGCACGCGAACAGGCAGAGGAAUACACACAGAUGGCACGUGAAGGAGCGCGUGACUUAGCAGAGAGAACAAAAGAGGGCGCCGAGGAGGCUCUCAAUGUCGCCUCUGGCGGUGUUUCUGUUGAUAUGACGUCAAACUCGACCGUUGCUGCAGAUACUGCAGGGAGUGCGAGCCAUGCAAUUGAUGCUUCUUCGGGGCUGAAGGUUUCUACUACAUCGAUUCCCGACGAGUUCAACGAGACAGCGGAGCUGGUCGGUGACUAUGUUGAAGACGAGGCGGCUGAAUGGAAGUCCUUUUACCAUUGGUUCUGGGAGAAGGAUCGUGGGCAUUAUGAUUAA